AUGGCGCGCCAGUCCGCAGCGCGUCCUGCGCGGGGCAGGACUGCUCGUGGCCGUCGCUCAAAGGUCGAGACCACAAGUGAAGACCGAGUUCCCGAAGUCUACCAGGAGAUGUUGGAAGAGGCUGAAGCUCGAGACCCUGGGCAAUUUCAAUCAGAUCGACCGGUCAAGAGGCGCAAAGUUGGAGACUCAAAGUCUCUGCGGACAAGGGCUAUCCCCGUCGACUCUCCACCGCUAGAGCAGGCCUACGCGGCUCCUUCUCCAGAUGGGAAUAUCACUCAGAAGGUGCAAACGGUCUAUGAUUCAACCACCUCUGAUGAAUCGGACGUUGAAUGGGAAGAUGUGGACGUUGCACCACCCGCCCAAGGACUAUUUGGCACAGCUGCCAAUAAUGCCAAUAAUGAGGGAAGAGAUGAAACUCUACAGAUUACGUUGGAUCGAGAGACAGAGACCCGCAAGAGGGCACCCCCGAGAAGGAAGCCGGUCACCGCGGCCGAGAAAAAGCUGCGGUUAGAUGCUCACAAGGCUCAUCUUCUUUGCCUCUUGGCUCAUGUCAACUUGAGAAACCGGUGGUGCAAUGAUGAUACAAUACAGGUAUGUCUCAAUCUGCUGAAUUAUUGGUCUCAAAUCUAA